GAGCGGGCGCAGACGCAGUGUAGCGAGUUCGCCAGAGCGCGGGAAGCGGCGCUCGGUUGGCUCUUGCAACGCGUUUUUCAUUAGUGGAGGAGGUCGGUCCCUUUGGUAGGUAGAAGAAAAGAUGCCUGCCACACAGAAGCCGAUGAGAUUUGGACAUACAGAGGGACACACAGAUGUCUGUUUUGAUGAUUUGGGGAGUUACAUUGUGACUUGUGGAAGUGAUGGUGAUGUGAGGAUUUGGGAAGACUUAGAUGAUGAUGAUCCUAAGUCCAUUAACGUUGGAGAAAAGGCAUAUUCAUGUGCUUUGAAGAAUGGGAAAUUGGUCACUGCAGUAUCUAAUAAUACUAUUCAAGUCCACACAUUUCCUGAAGGAGUUCCAGAUGGUAUAUUGACUCGCUUCACCACAAAUGCAAACCAUGUGGUCUUUAAUGGGGAUGGUGGAAAAGUUGCUGCUGGAUCUAGUGAUUUUCUACUCAAAGUUGUGGAUGUGAUGGAUUGCAGCCAACAGAAAACAUUUCGAGGACAUGAUGCUCCUGUUUUAAGUCUUUCCUUUGAUCCUAAGGGCAUCUUUCUGGCAUCAGCUAGUUGUGAUGGAUCUGUCAAAGUGUGGCAAAUUUCAGAUCAGACUUGUUCUAUUAGUUGGCCACUGCUACAAAAAUGCAAUGAUGUGAUAAAUGCAAAAUCAAUCUGCAGACUUGCUUGGCAACCAAAAAGUGGGAAGUUGCUGGCAGUUCCUGUGGAAAAGUCUGUUAAGCUAUAUAGAAGAGAAACGUGGAAUAAUCAAUAUGAUCUUUCAGACAGUUUCAUCUCUCAGGCCCUAAAUAUAGUAACCUGGUCUCCCUGUGGGCAAUAUUUAGCUGCAGGGAGUAUUAAUGGUUUAAUUAUAGUUUGGAAUGUGGAAACCAAAGAUUGCAUGGAAAGGGUGAAACAUGAGAAGGGUUAUGCAAUCUGUGGCCUGGCAUGGCAUCCUACUUGUGGUCGAAUAGCUUAUACUGAUGCAGAAGGAAAUCUAGGGCUUCUGGAGAAUGUUUGUGAACCCAGUGGAAAGACAUCAAGCAGUAAGUACAUAUUCCUAUCCAUAAUACCUCUAAUACUUUAUGGACCUCAUUGCUCCAUUUGGUUACAUAGUAGUGUGGGGCAGUAG